AUGAGUUCAGAGAAGGAGACAACCAGUUCUGUUAAGGAUGUGUCAUCAUCUACCACAUCCGACCCAGUCACAUCGUCCGUGGUUGCGCAGUCCUUUGGAGAAGUAUCGUCACUGCAAAUCAUGAAUCACAAGUUAAACGGCAAGAAUUUCCUCCAGUGGUCCCAAUCGGUCUUGAUGGUGAUCCGAGGGAGAGGAAAAAUUGGCUACAUCACAGGUGAGGUUUGGCGUCCUGAUACGACGAAUCCGACCUAUGGAAAUUGGGAACUCAAUAAUUCCAUUGUUAUGGCAUGGCUGAUUAACUCAAUGGAGCCACAUAUCAGCUGCACCUAUUUAUUUCUACGCACUGUCAAGGCCACAUGGGAUGCUGUCAGAGAGAAUUAUUCGGAUCUAAAAAAUGCCUCACAGGUUUUCGAGAUAAAGAGUAAACUCAAGGAUAUUCGGCAAGGAAAUUUGGAUAUCACCGAAUAUUACAAUAUGUUGCAGACCCUAUGGCAAGAAUUGGAUAUGCACUAUGAAGCGGACUGA